AUGGCCGCCAACAAGCAGGGCAAGAUGCAAAACCUCAUCAACUAUCGCAUGAGGAUUACCCUGACCGAUGGCCGACAGAUGACCGGGCAGAUGCUCGCCUUUGACAAGCACAUGAACCUCGUACUUGCAGACACAGAAGAAUUCCGUCGCGUCAAGCGGAAGUCUAAGCCGGCUGCCGGACCGUCAAAUGCGCCCCUGGUUGAAGCGGAGGAGAAGCGCACUCUCGGUCUCACAAUCGUGCGCGGUACUCACGUUGUUUCCUGCUCCGUCGAUGGUCCCCCUCCUGCCGAUCCCUCCGCACGACUUGGAACGAACGUGCCAGGCGCUGCAGCUGCAGCUGCCACUCUCGCUGCUGGCCCAGGAAUUAGCAAGCCCGCUGGACGUGGUCUUCCUGUUGGUCUUGGAGGUCCUGCUGCUGGUGUCGGAGGACCACCACCUCCCCCUGGUGGAUUUGGUGGCUUCCCACCUGGUGGUUUCCCUGGCGCACCACCCCCGGGCUUUGCUGGUCGUGCCGGGCCCCCAGGAGGUCCUCCUGGCUUCGGUCCCCCACCUGGCUUUGCCCCCCAGGGUGGCCCUCCUGGCUCUUUCCAACCUCCUCCAGGAUUCCAGCCCCCAGGCCAGGGUCGCGGUUUCCCCCCACCAGGUUUUGGAGGAAGAUGA